AAGGCAGUGUGAAGGUGGCGAAGGAGGUACCCAAAGACAUGUACGGGGACUGGCAGUGAGUUUGUUAGUCAGUUAGAGUGAAAUUCAUUUCUGUUAGGAGGACAGAGAAGAAGAAGAAUUUCCUUUAUAUACAUAAUAUUUCUCUUUUCAUCUUCUUCCAUUUUCAUUUUCAUCUCAACAACCACAUUCUUUCAUGGCUGCUUGGAAGCGUUUCAUUACGCACCACCUCACUUCUUCAAUCCAUCAAGCUCGAAUGCAGGUUGAAAGGCGUCAAUCUGAAUUUCGGAAGUUCAAAGAACUAUUGAGUAGAAACGAUGCAUCUCUUAAUAAGUUUGAAAAGUUUGAAGGCUGUACAAGGAAUAGGCUUUUCUUCUCCCAGUCCAGAUAUCUAGGAAAUCUGGCACGACCACUACGCGAUUCAUCUGAAGCAGAGGAAGCCUCUUCUCUUAAAGAACUUUACGAUGAAAUUGAUCCUGAAGCCGUGAUUAGAGCAUAUGAAAGCAACCCAUCUCUGCAUAAAAAUUCUUUGGCAUUUUCUGAAUAUGUUAAAGCAUUGAUAAAAGUUGGUAGGCUUUCUGAAAGUGAAUUUCUGAACACUCUGCUAAGAGCUAUUUCUCAUUCAGCGAGAAAGGAAGAGAGUAGUAUAGGUGGUGUUGCAGCUCUUAUAAAUGUCGGAGAACCAACAAAAGAUGGGAUUCUUGGAACUACAAGUGCUCCUGUUGAUAAGGUUGCUGCAUUAGAAGGUGAAAAUUUCAAUGAGCAACUAUGGCAUACAAUUUGGUUUGUUGCAGGGGCCUUCCUCUUGAUAUGUGGUGUAGGAGCUCACAUCGUGUAUAAAGGAAUUAACACAGAACUGCAGCCCAGUGUAGAGACAAAUACUAAAUUUAGCGAUGUGAAAGGUGUAGAUGAGGCGAAGGCUGAACUUGAAGAAAUUGUUGAUUACCUAAAAGAUCCUAAGCGCCUUACUUGUCUUGGUGGCAAACUCCCAAAAGGUGUUUUGCUUUAUGGCCCGCCUGGCACCGGUAAAACAAUGUUGGCGAGCGCUAUUGCUGGAGAGGCUGGGGUUCCUUUCUUCUCAACCAAUGGACGUGAAUUUGAAGAGACGAUUGUUGGUGUUGGUGCACAAAGGGUGAGAAAUCUUUUUGCUGCUGCAAAAAAGCGUGCGCCUUGUAUAAUCUUUCUUGAUGAGAUUGAUGCUAUUGGUGGAAAACCAAAUUCAAAUGACCAAAUGUACACGAAGUUGACUUUAAAUCAGUUGCUUGUUGAGUUAGAUGGUUUCAAACAAAAUGAAGGCAUAAUUGUGAUUGGUGCUACUAACUCUCCCGAGUCAAUAGAUAAGGCUUUGUUGAGACAUGGGAGAUUUGAUCGCCAUGUUGUUGUUCCCAAUCCAGAUGUAAAAGGACGGCGAGAGAUUUUGGAAUCUCACAUGUCAAAGGUUCUGAAGGCAGACAAUGUUGAUCUGAUGAUCAUUGCUCGGUGUACACCUGGGUUCUCUGGUGCUGACCUUGCAAACUUGGUUGAUGUUGCUGCCCUGAGGGCUGCAAAGGAUGGUGCCAAAGCCGUGAGCACACAUGAUUUAGAGUUUGCUCGGGAGAAGAUUAUAAUGGGAAGUCAGCGCAAGUCAGCUGUUAUAUCUGAGGAGUCAAGAAAAAAGACUGCUUUCCAUGAGUGUGGCCAUGCCUUAGUUGCAAUUUAUACUGAUGGUGCGAAUCCUGUUCACAAGGCAACCAUUGUUCCUCGUGGGAUGGCUCUUGGCAUGGUUUCUCAACUGCCUCCUCGCAACGACCAGACCAGUCUCUCCCGUAAACAGAUGCUUGCCAGGCUUGAUAUUUGCAUGGGAGGUCGGGUUGCUGAAGAGCUAAUUUUCGGACAAAGUGGAGUUACUUCCGGUGCAUCCUCAGAUCUUUUUAAGGCAACUUCUCUGGCCAGGCAAAUGGUUACUAGAUAUGGUAUGAGUACUGAAGUUGGACCCGUCAGUCACAAUUACUUUGAUAACGGGAGAAGUAUGAGCUCAGAAACUAGGUUGCUUAUUGAGAAGGAAGUGAAGAAUUUGCUCGAGAGAGCUUACAACAAUGCAAAAACUAUUCUAACCACCCAUCAAAAGGAGCUUCAUGUACUUGCAAAAGCUCUUUUGAAGCAUGAGACACUUACAGGAAGUCAGAUUAAAGAUUUACUUGCAAAGGUCAAAUCCCAGCAGAAACAACAGCAGUCAUGUCCAGUCAAAGCUCAGGGAAGUCCAAGGUCCAAUCCAGCUACUGAUAAGGCUGCGGAUGCCACGACCAAUGCAGCUGCACCUUCUGCUGCUACGGAUGCCACUACCAAUGCAGUUGCAGCUUCGGAUGCCGCGACCAAUGCAGCUGCACCUUCUGCUACUACGGAUGCCACUACCAAUGCAGCUGCAGCUUCGGAUGCCGCGACCAAUGCAGCUGCCAAUGUAGCUGCACCUUCGGAUGCUGCGAGCAAAGCAUCUGCACCUUCUGCCGCUGCAAAUGCUGCAACCAAUGCAGCUGCACCUUCGGAUGCCGCGAGCAAAUCAUCUGCACCUUCUGCCGCUGCAAAUACCGCGAGCAAAUCAUCUGCACCUUCUGCCGCUGCAAAUGCCGCAACCAAUGCAGCUGCACCUUCUGCUGCUGCGGAUGCUGCUACCAAUGCAGCUGCAGCUUCAGAUGCUGCGACCGAUGCAGGUGCACCUUCUGCUUCUGCAAAGGCUCAAGGAAUUGCCACUGUAGCAGGGCCGGAGGUACACAGAGACCAGCAGGGGUUCCCUCCCCUCCAGCCUUCUUAAGAAAUGAAUUUACCCCAAUACAUAAUACUUUAGGUAUGAGUGGGGAGUGGCAAUGUUCUUCAACAGUAAAGUAACAAUACACAAAAUCAUUUAUAGUUGCAAACACCAUCUCAUUUGUUUGUAAACAAACCAUUACCAUUCACUUUUUAGAAAACAGAAUUGGAAAUAGAAACAAAUUGACACCAGUUAAAAUGAUUCAAAUGAAAAAA